AUGUUUUUGUUUUUGUUUCGAAAGAUACCGCACAGGGAUAGUUACAAACUGGAAGACUGUGAUAACCGAAGAAAAUGGGUUGAAAAAGUCACCACAAAGUCUUUAUCAAAUGUUGGUCAGUGGCUGGAUCCACAGAGCAGCCUUGGGUUUCAUCCUACAGAAAGUCUGGGAGGCAAUAUAGAAAAUCUCAUUGGAUUAGCUAAAAUUCCUUUGGGUGUUAUUGGCCCUCUUCUCAUUAAGGGUGAUCAUGUAAAUGAACAUAUUCUAUGCCCUUUUGCAACAACAGAAGGUACACUUGUUGCAUCUUCCACCAGAGGAGCUACAGCAAUGACCAGGUAAUUUUAACCGUAUGUUAUAAAAUCUCUAGAAACGGGUAAAACAACAAAGGAUUAAGGAGUGCCUAGCCUUUAUAUGAGCUGAAAUUUUGAAAUUAGGUAAGGACAUAGCUAUAUGUAACGCGAUAAAAACAAACAAACAAACUUCAACUUCAACUUCAACUUUAUUUAAAUUUGAAAACAUAGCAAAAGACACAUUGGGACAAACAAAAAACAAGCAGACAAAUAAACAAACGAACAAACUUCUUCUUAAUAACAGCUUUGAAGACAACAGGAAACUCACAUCCAAAAUUUUUAACGGUAAAAAAAAAAAGGAAAACAAAAAUGAAAGGCCGUAGUUCAGGUAAAAGGUCACAUGCAUGUACAAAGCGAUCCUGGUCAUGUCCCCUCGGCCGAGGUUUUGUUUAAACAUUAGAAAGUGAAUGUUAAAUCAGGUCUAUUAUAAAUAACCUAUUUUUUUAAAAAUCAAUUCCUCGUUUUGAAUUGUCUGCUGGGCUGGCCCCUUAAAGAGAGCACGCGACAACUUGAAGCAAACCACCGAUGUAGUGACGUAGUCCUUUUUUAAUAUCGAUAUGACACGCUUUUUGCGCUGCUAAGUGCGGUGAUCUGCAGUAUCGAUAAUUUGUUGCAUGUUUAUGUAACAGUUGAUUUUUUAAAGAAUUGGGCAUAGUAUGAGCAUGUUCUUAGAACUUUGGAACUAGAAUAGUUCUGUAAAACGGGCGUAUAAUAACUCUGUUGUUCUAGAUCCGGAGGAGUCAGUGCACGUGUUAUUCAGCGACGAAUCAUGAGAACGCCGCAUUUUGUUACGGACUCCAUGCAACAGGCACAAGAGUUGUCGUCUUGGUUAAUUUCACACUUCGAAGAACUCAAGUCAAAAGCCAGUGAAGUCAGCCAACACUGCAAGCUUAUAGGGCUGGAACCUUGGUUUGUUGGUCCGUCCUUUCGUUUUUUACCCUUUUUUUAGAUAUGACACUAUACAUCAAGAAAGUUUGACAAAAGCUUUCAAAGUGUUCGUUAGUAGUGUUGUUUAUUAACCUUGACGAUAUCACAAAAAAGAAAUUAAGAAUUUUUGACUCCUUAAUUUAUCUGUGACACCCCCCCCCUUUUUUUUUCCCCUUUUGCUUAUUUUAGGUCGGAAUCUGCUGAUGGAAUUCGUUUACGAUUCUGCUGAUGCCGCCGGUCAAAACGGUGUUACUGUAACCACCUGGCACGCAUGUCAGUGGGCCUUGGAACAGAUCACCCAGGAACAACCACAUAUCAACAUCCGGGAAUUCUACAUUGAGACUAAGUGCAGUGGCGAUAAAGGUGCACUGGCAAAGAAUUACAUUAAAGGACGUGGAACUGAAGUUCAGGCCGAAGCUUAUAUUACAGAAUCUGUCCUGCAAAAUGUGUUGAAGGUACCUGGCGUUAUUUAACUCUUUGUAUUUAUAACAGUUUGCAUUGGUUAAUGUCAUUAUUAAUACAAAAUAUUUUGCUGGCGUAAAAUCCUUGCCUCAUUGUAAGUUAGAUUUUUUCGCAAAUCCUGCUUGUUCCUCGGUAGUUCUGGGAAACGAACGGUUGUUGUUGUUGUUGUUUUGUCUGUCGUAAUUCAUAAUGUUUUCUUUAAGUAAGUAAUGAUCCGGGUAAGAAAAGAAGCAAUUUCUUUUUGUUUUCAUUUUCACACAGAGAAAGCAUUAACCUACAAAAAGUCAAUUUACGAAAUAAAAUGUAUUUAACCUCCAUUUUCAAAGGGUGUUUGCUUGUGUUAAAAGAUUUCGACCAAUCACAAGAGUGGAAAACAAUAGCCAAGUAAAGUUUACAAUUUUACAUUUACAAUAGUAAAGUUAGCAUCUUUUCGCUUUCCGACGCGUUCACUGCGUUUGGUUCUUUCCCUUUUGUCUGAAUCAUUACUAAAACUAGCACUCGAAAUCCUUUGGGACCUUUUUUUGCCAUUUUGUGACAUACAUUGUAAUUCUUAGUCAGCAAUUCGACUAUUUUGUCUUCGUCUUCCCAUCUUAGCAUGAUGUCAUAUGUCUGAGUUUGCCCAAUUCUAAGUUUGUCGUAAAACCGUUCCCAGUUCUAGUUUACAUGCAAUACGCGUUAAAAUUUAUUGGAGCGUUAGUUUCCUAUAAUAUACGGUUCACUGCAACAGUAGCCUUGCAGCUGUUCAGAAUUAACCGUUUCUCAUCACAAUGUGGAGUUUCAAUUCAAAGAUGAUGUGCUCUGAUGCCACAGUCUUCCUGCAGAUUCAGUUAUGAUCAUGAGGGCUUUCAAAUUGCCUUAAUGUAACCGCCAUAAUCAGGACGAAGAAUUACGAUCAAGCUGUUGCUUUUGUGAUCAGAUCUCUAAAUGAAUGUAAAUGUUUUAUAUAAUCUGCUUUCUUUUCAAUUUGCCAUUUUUUGAACUACCUUUGUAUGAUGCAAGGAUAAAGUGUUAAGGGUAUUUAACGCAAAAUCUAAUGCAGAACUGAAGACACUUUUUUUUCUUUUUACAUAUAGGUAGAUUCCUCUACCUUGUACAGAUGUUUUCACGCUUUCCAGAUGGGCGCGCAGAGAUCUGGCUCCUACUGUCUUAAUAUAUGCGUCAGUAAUACAAUUGCGGGUAUAUCCGCUGCAACAGGACAGGAUUUGGCGUGUGUUCAUGAGAGUUCCUGGGCUGUGCUUGAGAUUGCAAUGGAAAAGGAGAUAAAAGUCGCUGGUAAAAGCAUGAAAUAUCAAUAAUAUUCUAAUUUCACAGAUGUUUUAUCGUUUUUUUAAUUGCUAACUGAGCUGUGAGGCUAGGAAAAAUCGUAUACAAUCGGAAGUUCUUGCAAUGGAUUCAAUCACUACUAACAGGUUAUUUAGAUGCAAGAAAAAGCUAACUUUAAAGAGGUCAAAAAAAAAUUGGUGCUUAAAACAACUGCUUGUGAUAUCAAAUUAAUCCGCUAUGUAAACCACACCGGAAACCACAAAAAAAAUUACUAAAUGCCCCAUGACCUCUCAGUGUCAAUGUAUGACUCCACGGAGACUUGAGAUUUGCUCAGUAAAAAAUACUCCUGGCACCGCAUAACCUACGAGCUAAAAAGAAAAAAAGGGAAAACCAUUGUUGUUUUGAAGCAUGCGUUUCACACUCAUGCGCUCAUGAGUCGUGUUCAGCCUGUCAACACAUUAUUUGAAACUUAAUUUCUUUUCAUUGUGAAUCUUCUGACGGUUUUCUGUUUCUCGAUGCUAAUGCCGAUUGAUACGUGCGCAAUAAAGAAAAAACUCUCAAAAAACGGUUAUCAUUUCGCAUUAAGAGAGGAUAAACCCUCUUCAUCCUCUCUUGUUUCGCAUUCAUCGCAACUCUCGCACUCCCUACGUGCUUUUGCACUACCACUCCUUCACGAAAAUUCCACGCAAAGCUCGAGGAAAUAUUAUCCGCGGGAAAACCGACGCGUUCCAAAAUAACUUUAGAGGGAUUACAAUGAGUAGAGGGCCGGCCUAUAUGGGGGAUUCAUUCUCUCAGCUUUAUCCUCUCUUGAUUACCAUUAUGAAUUGUAAAACCUCUUUUUUUUUCUCCAGCCAUUAUCACUCCUCAUGAUUCAUAAUCAAUAUUUAUACUGGUGAAUAUAUAAAUAAAAAAUAGAAAUAGAAAAAAAAAAAAAUGACACAAAACGUCUUAUCUUCUUUCCUGUAAGAAGCCGAGUCAAGUGAGAAAUACGAACCUGGAAUAUAUGCCAGCCUUGUUAUUCCUACUCUUCUAAUUGGAACCGUUGGAGGUGGAACAGGGACACCAACCGCAAAAGAAUGUCUAGACAUGAUUGGCUGUUUCGGAAAGGUAGGAAUCCUUUAAUCAAGACUAUAAGACUAUAAACUAGAUCAUUCCCAUGAUACAAAUUCAUUUGGCAGCACAAUUUACCGGUGGGGUCUUAUGGCACUUUCAAAAUUCCCCCUGUGAGGCUGGAUUUUUGGUGCUCAAAAGGCCAAAAAUGAGACCCCCCCUUUAACGCCAAAACUAAAAGUCAGGGAAGUGAGCGAAAGUGGCUUUUGAAAUAUUUCAUCACACCCAGCUUCUGUGCCAAGUUUCAGCUAAAUCGGUUGACCACAACUUUUGGCCCCUGGAACACUUUCGCAGACAAUGACACUUAAGCCAGUUCGGGGCAGCCAGAGACCAGAUGGUCAAUGGUCUCGUCGAAACGGCCACAAAGUCUGCAUUUUGGUUAUUAUUAUUAUUAUUAUUAUUAUUAUUAUUAUUAUUAUUAUUAUUAUUAUCAUCAUCAUCAUCAUCAUCAUCAUCAUUAUUGUGUGAGUUGGUAAAGCUGACGUUUCGGGCUCUAACGAUUACCAGUUGUCAAACAUCAGCUUUAGCAGAACACACGAUCAGUAUUUGAUGUCAAAGGAAAACAACAGGGUCAAUUAAAACCAUUCCAUACUUUCUCUUUUGAAAGGGUCGUGUCUAUCGAUUUGCGGAAAUAAUUGCUUCAUUCGCGCUGGCCAUGGAACUCUCCACUCUAUCAGCAAUAGCCAGUGGUCAAUUUGCAAGUGCACACGAGCGAUUUGGAAGGAACAGACCAGAGUAUAAUGAAAACUAG